AGAUCCGGAGAUCCGCGGUUUUGCGGCGAUUUGAGAUAAUCGUAAACAAAAAAUUUCGAGUGAAGCAACUCGCAAUCGUCGUGAAAUUACGGGCGUUUCGUUCACACUCGUCACCGCGCCAAACUACGUGUUUCCGCCCGUGGAACGUUGCAACGGUCGUGAAGUCGCAGCCGGGACGGCGGUCAAGUGGGAAUUUCACGUUGGAAUGGAACUGGGCGAAAUUUGUCGGACGUGUUUACGCCGGGGGCGACCUGUUCUGCCGCUUUUCGAGGAGAGCCAGGAGCCGUUUGCGGCCGGGACGCCUUUGGCGGACUUCGUCAACAUGUUCACGGAUAUAAUGCUAUUCCGAACAGAAGGCUUUCCCGAACAAAUCUGCACCACUUGCCUAAAUGAUGUCAAAAGAGCCUACGCCUUCAAACUACGCUGUGAAUGUUCAGAAACUAUUCUGUACCAACUUCAAGAGACAAACCACAUCCUCAAUUUAGCUGAUUUCGAUUUCGACUCCGUUUAUGCACAAACUGCGAUACAAUACAACGAGAAUCAGAUGAAACAUUGGAACGAGACGGAACCCGUUUCCGAAAAUGUACUUGAAAUAACCGACUCGGUUAUGAAUUUCCUACAAAUUGAAACAGCGGACGAAGAAAUAUCUGAUGAUGCUCUCCAGAUUGAGUUGAAUACGAUCGUUCAACAAAAGGUUUAUGUUAAGAGCAAACUGGAAACUGUAAAUGGAGAAAGUAAGGAGGAGGAAAGUGGAAAGAUUGAAGUAGAAAAUGGAGGCUUUCUGGUGUGUUCAGCAUGUCCUGCAGGAUUUCGUAGUCGAGACUUACUCAGAACGCAUGUUAUUGAUUAUCAUACAAAUGGGAAUGUUUGUAUUCUAUGUAAUCAAGAAUUUGAAUGCAUCUGGACCCAUUCUGAAAAGCAUUUACUUCCCCGCCUGCAAUGCUCGCACUGCAAUCAGAAAUUUGAAUAUCGUCCGCUUCUAAAUGCUCACCUAAGGACUCACAUGGUAAAAAACGAAGAAACAGGGAAACUAGAAUUUAAGUGCGAAAGAUGUCCUAAGACUUUCGCUACUCACCACGACUAUAUGUCGCAUAGACGAACACAUUCCGAGGAUCGUCCAUUUAGCUGUGAUACUUGCGGAAUGGCCUUCAAACGACGUGAUAAGCUCAAAGCUCACAUGACUUCGCAUAGUGACGAACGCCCCUUCGAAUGCAACCUAUGCCAGUCGCGUUUCAAGCGAAAGGACAACCUAACGUCUCAUAUGAAAUCCGUACACCUGCAAGGCGAUAAAGUUUUUAAGUGCAACAUCUGCGAUAAAGCGUUUAAGUUUAAGGACAAAUUAAAGGCUCAUAUGAACACCCAUUUGCGUUUGUUUAGCUGUGAGACCUGCCAUGCCGGCUUCCCGCGCAAGGAGAGCUUAGAUCGACACAUCGAACAGAAGCAUCGCACAGAGAAGGCCAGUACCCAAGGCGCCGCCGCGGUGCCAAUUAAAACAGAAACUGUUGAAAUGAAACCAUUCCAAUGUAGUAUUUGUAAGAAAGAGUUCAGCCUCCAAGAGGCUUUAAGCAACCACAUGAAGACUCAUGUUAAGAAAGUCGAAUUGAAAUGUGAAUUGUGUUCAAAAAUAUUUAGUCAAUCGAAUAAGCUGAAAAGUCAUAUGAUUACCCACACAGACGUGCGACCAUUCCAAUGUACAUUUUGUCCGUCAUUGUUCAAACGAAAGGAUAAUCUAAAUAGGCACAUGAAAAAGCAUAGUAGAACUAAGGUAGGUACGACAAAUCUACGAAGUAGUGACAGAAAAGUCGAAGCUUGUGAGAUAAAAUACGAGAAUCAUUUUCUGCCUAGCGAAAAUUGUGAUAAUGAAUUGAAUAAUGCAAUCGGGCACAGUCAAUUAAACGAAUAUAGUCAAGUAGAUAGCAUCAAACAAGAAAAUGAUAUUGAUAGCAUAUCCGACGGUUCUUUCACGGUUAUGGUUCAUUCAGUUGUAAAUAACUCGAAUUUUCCCGCAGAUACGGAAACUGAAGAUCACUCGCAAGUAAAGUAUGGUCCGAACGAUAAUUUCUGUGUGCAGGAGAUAAAAACUGAAGAAUUUCUUAUUGAUUUGCCCGACAACUCGAGCUAUGUAGCUGAUAAGCACCGUACAACGAAUGAUAUUACAAUAGCCAAAGACUUUUGCGACCAUUCUACUGUGAAUCAUACAAUUACAACCGUUCCCGCUUUUGCAAAUCAAACGGUUGAUAAUCACAAAGACUCAAGGGACUCAGGGGAUGACAUGCAAAAUCACCGCGUGGUCCGUGUUGCAAAUGAAAAUGUCACAACAGACAAUUUUAACUACCGUAAAAACUACUCAACGAUCUCUCCUGCUUCGGAUUCCUAUACAAUUGCAAAUCUCUUGAGUAUAAACCAAAAAGAAUUAACAAGUCGGGAACAGCAUUUUCCACUCGCACAAGAACCAGGCAUACCGGAGAAUUGUGAGAUUAAAACGGAAGCACUUCCGGAUAGAGCUGAGUUUGCAAAUCAUGCAAAUCAUAAAAACGAUACCGGCCAACUUCUGGAUGAAUCCCACAAUCAUUUCGAUCACACAAACAAUGUUCAAUUGGACGAAAAUUCAGAUAAUCGAAGCUACAUACUAACGAAAACCGUAACUGAUGUUGUUCAUAAUGUAAACUCAGAGACAUUUGAAUCGACUCUGAUAAAAACUGAACCAGUCCUCGUUCGUGCACCAUCAGCUCCACUUCAGGCGUCUUCCUAUGAUCUAAUAGGCGAUUGGGAUGAUCGGACCAUGAAUGACAGCACGACGAUGGAGGUGUGCCCAGAAAACAUCAAGCAAGAGAAGAUUGAUUGGAAUCCAGACCCCGUCGAUGUCAAAGUGAAACCAGUGAAUUGUGGUGAAAUCCAUACUUUGGACUAUCAAAAUUACAUUCUUGUCUGUAGUGUUUGUGGGGAAUCAUUUCCAGAUACAUUGCAGUUUGGCAAUCACUAUCGAGAGAAACAUGUUACCAUUCAACCCAAGACCAACAUUUCUCCGGCUGUUGUCAGCAAUAAUGUAGAAGAAGCCACUGGCGAGAGUGGAAGUGCAGGCCUGGAUUUUACACUAUCAGAAUACACCGUGAAAGAGGAAUAUUUAUCUGAUACUGAAGAGGACAUCGAAUCGAACAAUGACGAAGACCCCACCGAUAGCAACACAGACAAUAACCAGCAAGACAUCUCGUACGACGAACUAUUAAAAUUGGUGAAGAAACCUAUGUCUGAGUUCAUCUGUGACCUAUGUGGCCGACAAUGUCGGAACAAGAGAUCGGUCCGAAGGCAUCUAAUCAAUAAACACAAAUGCGUUAAAUGUAAAUACUGCGAGAAGAUGUGUGCCACCCCACAGGAGUUCGAGGAACAUUCCAACACUCAUGACAAAGAGCGACCAUACGCUUGUCCCCAUUGUCCAAAGCUAUAUCGACGCAAGAAAACGCGACAGGAGCACAUCGGUCUGAUGCAUAACUACAGAAAACCUGAAAAAUGUCCAGAAUGUGGAAAACUAUUUCUCACUGAAGAAAAGCUUCGAAAUCACAUGUUGACCCAUGCAUUGCCCGGACAGCAUAGCUGUGAAAUCUGCGGCCAACAGUUCAUCUACCACAGUCGAAAAGUUGUGCAUAUGCGCCAGCAUACAGGGGAAAAGCCCUAUCAAUGCCAGGUUUGCGAUAAGACCUUCACUUUGCAAUCCAGUCUUACAGUGCAUAUGAAGCGACAUAACAACCAGAAGGACUAUGAAUGCAAUGUUUGCGGGGAUAUGUUUUACACGAGCUCCUCACUCAAGAGACAUUCGGCCAAACACUUUCCGAAGAAGCUGUUCGAAUGUCCUGACUGCGAUCGAAAGUUUACAACCGUGAAAAACUUGAAAAUACAUCAUAACGUACACUUGACCACGAUAGAAUACAAUUGCGAUAUUUGCGAGAAAAAGUACUCGAGUUUGAGUACUCUAUCGGCUCACAGGAAGAUACAUGAGCGGAAUGUUGUGGGUGCAGUAGUGAAAACGGAAUCUUAGCGACUUAAUUCGUUUCAAACUAGAUAAAGAGAAAAUGUAGUUUCCGAUGAUAGAUAUUAGUCUUGCUCUGAAAUACGAGAUUAUUUAUUGCAAUGAAGACUUUUUCAAGGAAUUAAUUGGGCCAUCAUUGGGGUUCUAGAAAAAAUAGAUGAAAUUGAUAAAUCUGUACAUGUUCAGAGUAA